AUGGCAGAUCUUAACAACAGUCUUGAAGUUAGACAUGGAUAGCAAACUCUAAAUAGAGAGGAAUUUCCCGCACCCGAUAGAAAUUAUACAUCCAACUCAUAGAGAAAUAUCUUGGACACUAGAGGCAGCAAAAAUCAAGGUCCAGAUGAUUUUAUUCUUCCAGAAAUUAGUAGCAAAAAUGGAGGAAGUAUGAGUAUCCAAGAACUUGCAGUCAAGAAUCAGAAGCAAAGGCAUUCUAACAGCAUGGGGAUGCGAAAAGAUCCUUCAAGACCCAGGCUUAGUACUCUUGAAAAUAAUGACAAUAAUGUGUUCUCAAGUAUCACUAGCUUGAACCUGCUGAAUGCCUAGAAAACUAGAUAGAAAAUGGAAAAAGAUGCAUAACUACUAGCAAACAGAAUAGCUUUACUAAAAUAGGAGGAGAUGAGAACUUGGAAAAAGAUAGAAGAAACCAAGAAGAGGACUACUGAUAUAUUGAUUCUAAAGUCUAAAAAUUAUGAAAAGCUCACUCAACACUAAAAUGAUUUGCAAGAGGAGCAGAAUAAUCUUAGAGGCUCAUAGGAGAUGAAUUAUGAGGAUGCGAAGAGACGCAAGGAAGAGAGAAAGAAAACGGAAACAGAUGUAUACAUGAUGAAGAGAGACCAAGCAAUAAAAAUCAAGAAACUCACUAAGAAAAAUGAAAAAAAGAAAGAUAAGUUUCUUAAUAGAGUCUAGAGUGAGAACCUUCUGAGAGGUCAGAUUAUAAAAUAAAGUGAAUAGUAUGCUAAAUUAAAGAAGGAAGCUUAAGAUAGAAAGCAUCUUAAUGAUGUUAAAUAAUUCUAUGAUGAUAGGGUUAAAAAGGAAGAAAAGACUAUAUCAAAGAAAGAAAGAGAAAUUCUUCAGAUGGAAGCACUUGAAAUGGAACUUAUUAAAAAUCUGCAAAAUACCUAAAACCUCUAGAAGACAGCUUAUAGUGAUUUAGAAAAGGCUUUAAUGCUAUAGACUGUGAAGAAUGAUCCAGCCAUUAUGUCCUAAUUUUAGCUGGGAGACUAUAUCUCUGCAGCAUAGUAGGAUAAAAAGAAGAAGAGAAAGAAGCGAUCAUAGUCAAAUGUUAAAAAAGAAUUCUAACUAUGA